AAGAGGAGGUGGUGAGGGGCGUUUGGAGCGGGGUUGGGUGCACUGUCCUCUGCGUUUCCGCAAUCGGCGGCUCCUCUUCCUUCUCUCUCUCUCUCCCCUUAUCCCUUUCUCCCUCGGAAGACCGGGGAGGAAAGAAGAAAAAGGGAAAGAAACGCAAAGACAACGGAAAGAAGGGGCGAGAUCUACGAUCCCAAAGGGAGGGGGGCCGAUGUCGUCGUCGGGGUACGAUGCCUUCUUCGUGGACGAGGCGAUGAAUCGGCCAUUCAGCGAGGACGGCUACGACCAUCGCGGCCCUUCCCAGCGCUUCGACGCCUACUCCGCCUUCUCCGACGAAUCUAAGGACCCGAUCGAAGCCGAUGACCGCUCUCCAGCUUUCGGUCCCCGGCCGGCUUCCUCCUUCGGGGAAGACGAGUUCCCCGACCAUCAGGCGCCCGAUUUUUCCACCUUUUCCCCAGGAUCCGACGCAAUCGGCAAGAGCUUCGGCGACGCCCCGGAUCUCGGUGGAUCCAACGAUGUCUCUAAUGGAUCCAUCCUCCCUCCACCUGUGGAGAUGCAGCCAGAGGAGGGUUUCAUUCUUCGUGAGUGGAGACGACAAAAUGCAAUGUUACUCCAAGAGAAGGAAAAUAAGGAGAAGGAGCUAUUGGAUCAAAUUGUUGAUGAAGCUGAUGAUUAUAAAGCUGAUUUCUAUAGGCGCAAAGAGAUCAACCGUGAAACAGCUAAGGCGAACAAUCGAGAAAAAGAAAAGCUGUUUUUGGCCAAUCAAGAGAAGUUUCAUGCGACUGCCGACAAAAACUACUGGAAGGCCAUUGCAGAACUCAUUCCACAAGAGAUACCGAAUAUAGAAAAGAGAAGGGGCAAGAAGGAGCAAGAGAAAAAACCUUCAAUUACUGUAAUACAAGGACCGAAGCCAGGCAAGCCGACAGAUCUGUCCCGCAUGCGGCAGAUUCUGGUGAAGCUGAAGCAUAACGUGCCCGUUCACAUGAGGCCACCUCCUCCGCCACCUGUAGAUGGUUCAACUCGUGGAAGCGUCAAAGACGCUGCAACUGCUUCCUCCAAGACAGCAGCAGCAUCGCGUCCGUCAGAACCUGCGCCAACGGCGGCUUGAAUGCAUCGUCCAUUUUUCUCCCCGUGCUUUUUCGUGUAUAUUUUAGUAUUUUAUCUUAUAAGGUUGUGUUUUGUUAUUAGGAAUUUAGGAUCUUAUGAGACAGCGUUUGCCUUGUGUCUCUGAAAAAGAUUUUUCUGUGCAUUAAAGAGCAUUAUAUGAGUCA